UCAAUGGUAUGGUAAGGGACCUUGCAGCUACACAUACCCCAAUAUUUGACACUGUACCUUACCUUGUAGGUGGUAGCCCUCCCUUAAAAGGGUGGGUAUUGUGGAGAAAAUGUCGUCACUUCCGUUUGUUAAUGGCUACCUAGUAAGCUGCAGGUUGUUUCGGGCUCCGGGCGUUAUGCCUCGAAACCUGGGGGAAGGUGGAUCCCUAGGUAUUUACUUCCAAGGUCGUAGGUCGUGUCCCUACAUAGCUGCCCGCAGUCAUCAUCUCAACUCUUCCUCCUCUCUCUCCCCCUCUCCCCAAUGUCUUCGUGCUCUUCGUAUGAGCUCUACAACCCCGAUAUUUAUACAUCGAGUUAUUCCACCCACUGCCUUUGCGCAUAGCCGUUAUAUGGUUAAGAAACCAAUUCUUGUCAUAUUCUAAAUCCCUCGAGUAGCAUCAUUUUAUCCUCGAGGGGUUCGAAUAACCUUAUACGUAUACUUUAGCUUUAUGUUUUAUCAACCGCAGCGUUGCCUUUCCUCGUUCAAUUGUUAUAUCAAACCUCCAAGUAGCUUAGCAAUAGACGAAUAUCCGCUUGAUCCGUCGCUAUGAGGCUGUGUCUAUGGCCGGCCCUCGUGGCCCUAGUUCUGGCCCUCGUCGAUGCUUCAACAUUGACGCCUCCUGUGUUGCCAUUGAUAGUGCGAAAUCCAUAUUUGAGCUUCUGGUUCGCGCAUUCCCGGGAUGCUCCGUGGGAGAGUUGGCCGAUGUUUUGGACUGGCAGUACUGUCGGCUUUGCCAUAAUGGCUGCUGUGCCCGACAACAAGACCGUCUACCCUCUGCUAGGCCGCUCACAAGACUUUUUGAGGCAGUCUUCUAGUUACACCGUCUCUUUCCCUCAAUACGAUGGUGCUACCUUUGAUGCCUCUACUACGAAUCUCACCUAUACAAUCCCAGAUUCUGACGUAAAAAUUAUCCUCUCGUUCUUAUCUCCUAUUACGCCUACCUCGACGCUUAGACAGUCCCUGCCGGCAGGAUACCUGACAUGUAUUGUCGAAGGCUCGACAGAUGUCAGCCUCUAUGUCGACAUAAAUGGAGAAUGGGCUAGCGGCAACCGUGACAACAAGAUUGAGUGGGCGCUUGCCAAGACCGAAAAGAGUAACACUGCGAGGACCCCUAUUAAGACGUGGAGCAUCACUCGACGACACGAGCAACUUUUAACCGAGUUUUUCGAUCAUGCUGAAUGGGGAACUAUUCAUAUCUCUGCUCCAGCCGACGUUGACCAUCAAUCUGGCGAAUCAAAUUAUAUAAGGCGUCAAUUUGCAGAGCACGGAUCUUUGGGGAACAAGGUUGAUGACUCCUAUAGAGGGAUUUUUGAAGAUGAACCUAUCUUCGCCUUUUCCAAGACUUUCAAGCUUAGUGAGAAGCCGGAAACUUCGCUUGGAAUCACCAAGGAUAGUGUCAUCUUUACCUUUGCCUUGACUCAAGAACCUGUCGUCCAGUUCGCCUCAGCCAGAGGCUUGACCUUGAUGCGACCCUUGUGGGCUUCCUAUUUCGCCACCGCGCAAGAAAUGCUACAAUAUCACUACGAUGACUAUGACACGGCUGUCUACCUUGCUAGUGAUUACUCCGAGCAGCUCGCCAAGGAUGCAUAUGCUUCAGGUUCUCAGGAUUACCAAGACAUUGCGGCAUUAUCAGCUCGCCAAGUAUUGGGAGCAACACAGUUUUCUGGGACUCCAGACAACCCCAUCAUCUUCCUCAAGGAAAUCUCAUCGAACGGGAAUUUCCAGACUGUCGAUGUUAUCUUCCCAGCGUUUCCGUUUUUCUUAUACACGAACCCGCAAUGGUUAGCAUAUUUGCUAGAACCUCUUCUCGAGCAUCAACUGAGUGGCCAAUACCCCAACGAUUAUAGUAUGCAUGAUCUUGGAACCCACUUCCCAAACGCAACCGGACAUGGGGAUGGUCUUGAUGAAUAUAUGCCCGUUGAGGAGUGCGGUGAUAUGUUAAUCAUGGGUCUCGCAUUAGUCAAUGCUUUGAGGGAUAACACGCAGCCUGCGUUUGCCCGAACGGCACCUCAAGAAGCUCAGCCUCUCAGCUUGGAGCCAGCAAAGCGCUCCACCCUUGUCAAUCCCUACGGAAUGGAUCGUACAUGGGAAGAUAUGGGUACUACCGGUGAGAAGGCUGCAGCUAAAUGGGUAAACCGCUCAUAUAAGCUGUGGAAGCAGUGGACAGGCUAUCUUGUUCGAGAAUCACUCGUCCCUGCCAAUCAACUAUGCACCGAUGAUUUUGCUGGCUGGUUGGCUAAUCAAACGAACUUGGCUCUUAAAGGUAUCAUUGGUAUCAAGGCCAUGAGCGAGAUUGCUAAUGUCGUCGGCAAGGAGACUGAAUCCAAGUGGUAUAGUGACAUAGCCGACGAAUACAUCGAUAAGUGGCAAGACUUCGGACUAUCUAGAGAUAAAACGCAUGCGAAACUGGCGUACACCUGGUAUGGGUCAUGGACAACUCUUUACAACAUUUUUGCCGACGCAUUACUUUGUUUCCACCUGCCUGCAAAUACGUCAUUCCUGGCAUCCAGCGGAGCCGAGAGCUCGGAGCAACAGCCCCUAGCCAAGGGGGCUAGGACAAACGCAAAGUCGACAUUUAUUCCAGACAAAAUCUACCAGAUGCAGAGUGACUGGUACCAUGCGGUUCUUCAAAAGUACGGCUUGCCAUUGGAUAGCCGCCACUUAUAUACGAAAAGCGACUGGGAAUUCUUUGCGGCUGCUGUGACAAGCAAGAAAGUGCGGACCGAAAUCCUACAGAAUGUCGCGACGUGGGUCAAUGAGACAGUGACUGAUCGACCACUGACGGACCUCUACGAAACGGAAGGCGAAGGAGGGUUUCCUGGUCCCAAUUUCAUGGCUCGUCCGGUAGUAGGAGGUCAUUUUGCAUUUCUCGCAUUAGAAAGAGCUUGUGGCGGAAGAGCAAUGGAGGGUUUGAAGUUCUUAGACGAAGUGGACCCUGUAAACAUCAACGUCGAGAAAGCCCUGAUGGCGGACAUGGUAGAGAAUCAAGCCGAGAUAGGUGAGUUGUAACGAUUACCUAGAUAGGCUGUUCGUGUAUAUAAGACUACUUACUCGUUGCUGGUUCAACUCGGUCGUUAGACGCGAUGGACUUGUGUACUUUGGAAGAAGUGUGGUACAGAGCUAUGACAUCUCUGGCAAAAUUGGCCUGUACUACGAUAAGAAAAUAAAAAUAAAGUAAAGGUAUAUACAUAUACUGAAAUCCAAGCAUACCAAUCACAAUCAAUUGUGUGUAGGUACCCCCCCA